AUGUCGCCCAGACUAAAGCCACUGCUGCUCCCGCAGCUAGUGCAGGAGCGACUGAACAAUCACAACCAUCAUGGCGACGCCACCUACCUGCCGUACAACGGCCCCGACGCCAGCGACCUCUCACAAGUCUACUACACCACAAACUCCUCGUCGUCCGACGUCGCGUCGCCAUUGACCCCGACCUUUUCGCCCCGAGGUCACCAACGCUUUUCAAGCUCGACUUCGUCCCUCGAGCUGCCGCCCAUGCCCCAGGACACCACCCCCUCCUCGCCCUCGCCCUACACGACGAAGCCGACUGAGAAGCGCCCACUGCCCGACGUGCAAGAGGACCCCAUGGAACGUUUCGAAGAGACCUUGGCCUCGUCGGUCGAUCACUUUGGCCUCUACAGCUGCCUCUGCGACACCUCAUGCGAGCACCGCAACAGCUCCGAAGGCCUGUUCCCUGGUGACAUUGUUGGCGACGACUUCGAUAUCGACUACGAUCUAGGAUUCCUGAGCGAUGGCGAUGUCGCUCGCGACUACCCCAAGAAGAAGCGAUCCGGUAUCGAGUCCCCCUUUGCGGGCUUGACAUCGCGGCUGGGCUCCCGCCUGCCCACCAUCAGGCGGUGGCGGUCGAGCAGACGACCCAUGGUCAGCCUGAGGGCAUCCCCGACUACCGACCUCAGCCUGGAGAACGUCUUGUCGCGCGGUCCUUCAAGCCGCUCCUCCUCCAUGUCGGCGCCCAACCAGCAGUUCGCAGAUCGGGUGCAGGAUUUGUCGCCCAUGACUUCGGUCGUGUCGUGCUACGACGUGGGCAGCGCCGACAACUUGAGCCGGUCGUCGGUCCUCGAGCUGAGCCCCGAGGAACAGCUGAACCUCGAGCGCGACCGCGCCAUGGCUACAACGCCUCUGCUCCCACCCCUUCUGACCGAUGCCCUGGGAUCCCCUCACCAGGAGUCGCCACUGCAGUCGCCGACGGUAGCAACAACGCCUUGCGCCAGCGCCAUGCCCUCUCCACCCGCGACGUCGACGGCCCAAUUCCCUCGACCGCCUCUCAGCACCAAGCCCUCGUUCACAUCGCUUCGCCAUGUCCCAACUGCGAAUGACCUGCCCCUGCCUCUGCCGGCCAUCUUGCAAGAGCAUGACGCGUGGUCGGAUCGCCUCGGCCAUGCCAAUUUUACCAUCAGCCCUUCGCCUUACGAGGUCGAGGCUGUUACGACAGAGACGGUCACAAAGUUUCGCGAGGACUGGGAUGCGGCACGAUGUAAUUACACCAAGCAUCUGGUGCGCACGGGCGAGCACUAUGGCCAGACGAGCAAAAUUUACGGGCUCACCGAGGCGAAGUGGGCCGAGACGGAGCGCACGUGGAAGGGCAUCUACGACGAGAUGAUGCGGAACAACCGCUCGCCCCCCGCAUCUGCCAGCCAUUCCCGAAGCCAUAGCCGUGGCCGUGGACGGGGCCGAUCAAGCAGCUCUGUGGGAGCCCUUGGCCGCAUGCCCACCAACGACGCCACGCUAUGCGACUUGGAGUGGCGGCGUAGGGACGGGUGCCUCCCCAGUGCUGUACCACAGAUGCUCGAGUCGCUCGACGCCCAUGGCAAGUUCCCUGGUCGAGGUGACGAGGACAUUGUCGGGCCCAUGCAGCGCGACGCGGUCAUGGUCCGAGCUCGCAGCGAAGAUGCAAAGGGUCGGUUCUGGAGGAACCUCGCCGACAAAGUUGGCUUCCGCAAAUGA